GCCUGGAGAAGCAAAACCUGAUGAGGCGAGGAUGGAUUAGCUGGCAGAGAGGACCUGGGGUGCAACCCACAGGAGUGCCGCAUGCAAACCUGCUGCCUCUGCCCCACUUCCUCAUCCCGAGGCUGCAUUUCACUGAUGUGAGGCCACUUCCUGUCAGGUUUGCGACACAGGCAGUGGGGAAGGCAGAAAUACAGGCAGAAGGGAGCUAGAGAGAGGCCGAGCAGCGCCACACAGAAGGACAAGGCGAGGGGCGGGAUCCACAACGCAGCCGAGGACGCCGCGUCCUGCACUACCAAGCCAUGUCCUUGGUGGAGACGAUCCGGCUGUGGCAAGAAGGAGUGUGUGCAGUGGAUAGGAAGGAGUGGAGGGCAGCUCUGGAUGCCUUCACAGCCGUACAGAACCCCCCUGCCAAAAUCUGCUUUAACAUUGGCUGCAUCCAUUUGGUUCUGGGACAGCUGGCCGAGGCAGAGCAGGCAUUCACCCAGAGCAUCAGCUGCGACAAACACCUGGCAGUGGCUUAUUUCCAGCGGGGGACAGUGUUUUACCAGAGGCAGAACCAUGAAAAGGCCAUUGAGGAUUUCAAAGAGGCACUGGCCCAGCUGCGAGGCAACCAGCUCAUUGACUACAAGAUCCUGGGUCUGCGGUACAGGCUCUUCGCUUGCGAGAUACUUUAUAACAUUGCACUGGUGUAUGCCACGAUGGAGGACUGGAAGAAAGCUGAGGAGCACCUAACACGAGCCAUGAGCAUGAAGAGUGAGCUCCAGCAUAACAAGAUCAACAGGGCAAUGGAAGCCAUCCUGAAGCAGAAGACCUGUGAGAUGGUGGCCGUGCCUGCAGGGAAGCUGUUUAGACCAAACGAAAAGCAAGUGGCCCAGCUGGAGAAGAAGGACUACCUGGGAAAGGCUAUGGUGGUGGCAUCUGUGGUGGACAAAGAUGAUUUUUCAGGAUUUGCUCCACUUCAGCCACAGGCCUCUGGUCCUCCACCCAGGCCCAAGACUCCAGAAGUCCUCAGGGCCCUCGAAGGGCAGCCACAUCGUGUUCUGUAUGAGUUCAUCCCUGAGACCACCGAGGAGCUGCAGGUCCUGCCGGGAAACAUUGUCUUUGUCCUGAAGAAAGAGAAGGACAACUGGGCAACAGUGAUGUUCAAUGGAAAGAAAGGGAUUGUUCCCUGCAACUACCUCGAGCCUGUGGAGCUCCAGAACAAGCUGCAUAUCCAGGAAGAAAUUCCUCUUGAGGCAGAGAUCCCAGAGUCACCCAGCUCUACUGCUCCAGAGAAACCACGGCGGCCAGCACCAGAUAGCGCUCCUGUUACUGUGACACAGCCAAGAGGUGCAGCAAAGGAGACGAAAUCGGCCAUCUCCAGCCCCUGCAUUCUCAAAGUGCAUUACAAAUACACAGUUGCCUUGCAAGUUGAGACAAGCCUCUCCUACAUGGAGCUACUGGACCUGGUUUGCAAGAAACUGGAGCUCCAGCCCAAGCACACACAGCUGAGGUACAAGCCUGUGGAAAGCCAAGUGCUAGUGAAUCUGAGCACAGAGAACCUGGAGGCAGCUUGGAGCCAGAGCAAGGACAGCUGUGUGACAGUCUGGUGCGACAUCACGGAGGGAGAACGGGUUUUACCAGACAGCAAACCAGAGGAGCUGCCACAGGAACCAACACCGGAGGAGACAGGACCAACCCAAGUUGUAGCACAGUACAAUUAUGAAGCCACCCAGCCUGAAGACCUGGAGUUUCAGGCAGGAGAUGUGAUACUUGUUCUAUCUAAAGUGAAUGAAGACUGGUUAGAAGGCCAGUGCAAUGGGAAGAUAGGCAUCUUCCCAUCCGCUUUUGUUCAAAAGUCUAACAGUAAAGACCUGGAGAUGUGAUUUCAAAGAGCUUAAAGUCGUGGAUGUGGAAAGAAAUUAAGAAUUCAACCACUGCAAUUAAGGAGUUUCUGUAUUAAUCACUGCACCUGAAAAUGAACUUUAAAUAUUACUGCUA